UCUCGACGUCUCUUUUGGGAAAGGGGUGACAGGGAAGAACUGGCCAAGUACGACUAUCUGCCUCAUAAAGAGACCGAAGCGGACUCCAACUGCACACGAGGAGCAGAGGGGCUGUGUGCAUCCUGAGUGAGAUUAUUGGGGUACUUUGCACAUUUUUUAAAAAGGGGGAAAAAGGGGUUUUCACGCGCCCUUAAAAAACAGUUGGUGAGAUCUUUUUUUUUGACCCUGGAUGUUAUUAAUGAUGGCUGAGCCUCGGGACUUGUUUAUCCAAACUCUGUUUUAGGCCACGAAUGGAUUUAUAAACGCAUUAUCUGUCCGUUUUGUUGUUGUUGUUGUUGUUUUUACUGGAAUACCAUUACCCAUUUUUGGAGUAUUUUUACGCACAGCCCUCUUUUAUUUGGAUAACUCUGUGUGUUUUUGAUUUUUUUUUUUUUUUUUUUUUGCAAUUAAUACUAUAUUUUGAGUGAGAUUAUAUACCAUCUGAAAUGCUGCCUCUGGCCCCUCUGUUGCUCCUCGUUUUCCCCGCCGCGCUCUUUGCGGCCGCGCAAGGCGCCGGGGACCUCCACGGAUUCACUUUCCACAGUGGGAGCGCGGGUUUCGACCCAACAGACCCCUGUAUGGUGGUGUAUCCACCAUGUAUCAGCGAGGCGGAUCGCUACAGCCUGGAAGCCCUGCGGAGCAUCCAUCAGAUGAUGGACGAUGACCAAGAUGGAGGGAUCGAGGUGGAGGAGAGUGUGGAGUUUAUCAUUGAGGACAUGAAGCAGCAGCAGACCAACAAACACAGCCACCUGCACAGAGAGGACCAACACAUCACAGUUGAGGAGCUCUGGAGGGGCUGGAAGUCAUCUGAAGUGCAUAAUUGGACUCAAGAUGAUGUGCUUCGCUGGCUGAAGGAAUUUGUUGAGUUGCCCCAGUAUGAGAGGAACUUUAAGGACUUUAAGGUCAAUGGAAACACACUCCCCAGGAUUGCAGCCAAUGAGCCUUCAUUCCUGAGUGGCCAUCUGAGGGUUCAGGACCAGAGAGACAAACAGAAGCUAAACAUCAAAGCCCUGGAUGUUGUCCUGUUUGGACCGCCUACACGCCCCCCUCAUAACUACAUGAAGGACCUGCUGCUUAUUGUGUCAGUGGUAAUGGGAGUUGGAGGCUGCUGGUUCGCCCAGGCCCAGAACAAAGCCAGCAAACUUCACAUAGCCAGGAUGAUGAAAGAUUUAGAAAGUCUGCAGAGGGCUGAACAGAGCCUCAUAGAUCUGCAGGAACAACUGGAGCGAGCACAGGAAGAAAAACGCAAUGUCGCAGAGGAGAAACAGAGCCUGGAGGAGAAGAUGAGGGAUGAGAUCAUGGGGGCGCAGGAGGAGGCUUACCGCCUGCAAGAGCUAAGGCAGGGAGCUGUCAGCGAGCUCAGCCGCCUCCGAUAUGCGGAGGAAGAGCUAGUGCAGGUCCGUGGAGCAUUGAAGCAGGCGGAGAAGGACAUGAUGGCUAGCUGGACUGCCUCAGAGGGUCUCCAGCUGUGGUUGCAAUUGACACAUGAGGUAGAGGUCCAGUACUAUAAUGUCAAGAAGCAGAGUGCAGAACUACAGCUUGCCACCGCCAAGGAAGAGGCAGAGAGAAUCAAGAAAAAAAGGAGUUCUGUAUUUGGGACUCUCCAUGUCGCCCACAGCUCCUCUCUAGACCAAGUUGACCACAAAAUCCUGGAGGCAAAGAACGCCUUGUCUGAAGUAACAGCCUGUCUACGGGAACGCCUCCAUCGCUGGCAGCAGAUUGAGCGCAUCUGUGGCUUCCCCAUCAUUAGGAACCCUGGUCUAUCAAACCUCACUGCUCAGCUCUACUCAGACUCAGUUCCCCUGGGGUUGUCCAGAGUGUCCCAGCCAUCUUGUUCAUGCCAUAGCUCCAUCCAUGGAUCUAUAGAGGAUCUGUUAGAGGAGUCUCCAAUCUUACCACAGAUGCAAGUUCCAGUUCCAACACUGAAGCGCUCUCCUCGGACACAGGGAUCCACCGUAUGUCGGUCACGUCGUCACGGUGUGAUCACUCAGCCACCGGCUGCCAUGAUCUCCCCAGAUCCAGAUCUUCUUAUCCCCAUCCGAGCCCCAUAUCCUUGUGAAGAAGAGGGGCUCUUCCUGAAAACUCUAAAGAAACAAGACUCACAAGAGACGUACUCAGACUCAGAAUAUAUGGCUUCACCUCCUCACAGCAAAAUGUUCCCUAGUCCCACUGUUGACACUUCUCAAAAGCUCUGUCAUGAUGAAACUGAGCUGCUUUCAGACGGCUCCAUUACAAAGCCUCUGAGUAAAGAAGUGGAAGCAGUUGUUGAAUCUCCAGUUCGUAAAGUGUCUUUAGAAGAGCUUGAAGCUUCAUUAGAUGUUUCCAGCAAAAAGAUGGCAAAAGACACAGCGUUGGAUACUUCUUCAGAAACCCCUUCUUUGAAGAUAUCCAAAGAUGAGUCUUUGAUUGAAGCUACAUCAAGGAAGAUAUCCAGAGACAGGAGUGAAGUUCCCAUGGAUGUUGAAGUUAGAAAGGAGCUUUCUAAUGAGUUGGAAGCGGAAUUUCCAAUCAGGAAAGUAGAGAGAGAUACAAAAGGUGAUUUGAUGAACACUGCUUUGAGGAAUGUAUACAGAGAAAGAAGCGAUAUAUCUCUGGAUGUAAGAAAGGUUCUUUGGAAUGAAUUAGAGGAGACAACAGAUGUGGCAUAUAGGAAAAUAUCAAAAGAUAUGAUGGGGGCUUCAAUUGACAGUGCCUCAAGAAAGAUGAUACGAGAUGAUGUUGAACGUCCAUAUAACUCAGUAUCCAGAAAGUUUGCAAGAGAUUCAUUGGGAACGUCCUUUGACAGUGGCUCUAGAAUGCUUCCACGGAAUAAAGGAGAAUUCCAGCUUGAUUCCUCUGUGAGGGCUUCAGCAAAGGACAAAAUGGUUGAUGCAGCUAGAACACCACCAAGAAAGAUAUCUAAAGAUGAGCUGGAGUAUUGUUCAGAUACUGCUUCCAUAAAGAUGCUACCCAGAGAGAAAUUUGAAGCACUUAUGGAUGCCUCGUCCUCUCCAGAGAAGCAAGAGUAUGGUUUAGAACCAUCAACAAGUAGGAGGAUAAUGAGAGAAGAGCAUGAGUUGUCUUCUGGUUCUCUCAGAAGGAGGAUACCAAUAGUGCCAAGAGAUGACACUGACUCUUUCAUAGACACUCCCACAGGAAAAAUCUCCAGGGAUAGAGUUGAUGUUCCAAUGGAAAUACCUAAACAAUCAAUACUGAGGGAGGAGCUGGGAGCAUCCGAAUCAAGUUCAUCUACAGGUCGAAUUGGACAGCCAGACCUUAUGAUAACCUCCCAGGUACCAUGGAAGUCGUCAUCAGACCUUUCCACUGGCCCGCUGAGCCAGCUUGUGUAUGAUGGGAUCCUUGAGAAGUCCUGCAACUCCAUGGCCAUUACCCCAACCAGCCUCUCUUCUUCAACACCCAACCUGCCUCAGGGCAGACUGCUAACAGAGACAGAGCCACCAGUGCCACCACCAAGGGCUUCCAUCCCAUCUCCUGCAUUACCCUCUGAGACUGGAGAUGAGAAGAACAAGCAUAAGGAAAAGAACAAAAAAUCCUUAAGGUUAAAAAAUCUUUUUAAAAAGAAAAAUGAGACAUCUCCAGAAAAGCCUCAAAGUGGUCUUCAGAAACUCUGACGAUCAGCUUAAAAAGUUUUUCUUUUUUUCUAUUUGUUAACAUUUUAUUGAAUUAGAAAUUGGAGUUUCACAAUCUCAUUGAAGAUUUAUUGCUAGGAAAGCUUUUUUCUUUUCUCUUAUUAAGUCUUAUGUAGACAUAUGGUUCACACCAUAUAUGAUUUUAGAUGCAUUUUUUUGAGGCUUUGCCUAUAGUUGAAAGAUUAAAUGAUGUUUAAACUGAUGCUGCUCUUCUGUGUAACAGAGGCAAUGCUUGAAUUCAAUUUAAACCUCAAUUUAAGGCAUUUACUGCAUUAGAAAAUGGAUGCUUCUGUUUCCAUGCAAACAUUUUGUUUUAUUUAGUGAUGUCAUUAUGAAAGCUGGAUUCUAUAUCUGUUUGGUUUUUCUACACGUUCUUAUAAUUCAUUUGAAAUCGGAGCAUCUAAGUUUGAAAAAUAUAGUGUAACAUAUUUCCAUGCAUCAAUCCAGAUUUAGCAAUGUUUGAAUCAGUAUUUGAUGACAGUUUAAGAAUGGUUUGAUUACCAGAAUAUUAAAUGCCAAUGUUACAGUCUUGAUAAAGCAGAUAAUUCUUUUUAGAUAUAGACUUUUAAUAAAUAAUGUCUAAGGAUGUUUAUCUCUUCACAUUUGAUUGUUGCUUUUUUAGUCUUUACUAUUUAUUGCUACUCAGGAUUUACUUAGGAACAAAUUACCAGGGGUCUUAAAUAUGUUUGACAGCUGUAUAUGUCUACAGCAAUGAAUAAUACAUUUUAUAACAAAAAAUAAAUCCUUUUAUUGCUUUUGAAUUAUAUUUUGUAUAGAUCGUCCAAUAAUGUUAUACAAACGGAAAGAGAUGUGUUAGUGCUAAACUGUUUGUGCAGGAAGCCUUUGACAAGGUUUAGACAGCCUCAGUUUUGUUGUUUGUUUGUUGUUGUUACUUUUUUGUAGUUAGGUUCAAAUGCCAUUUUCAGUCAACAUCUGCACUUUCAAGGUGUGGUUCCCCUGCAAAUAUCGCUGAACUAAAUACAAAAUGAGUUUUUUUUUUUUAAAUUAUUGCAUUGGUCCCUGAUGCACAUUGGCCAUAAUUAAAAUUGCUGACGACUUUUAAUUUAUUGUUUGCUUUUUGGAAAAGGAUCAACCUUAACAUAGCCAAUACUGACCCACUUUAAAAAGCAUCUGUCUUGAUGCUGAUCCUGUGGAUUGGCCGGGGACAACCCAGAUCUGAAUUGAAAAUGUUAACUUAAUGCUGAAAAUGUUGCUUUUAUUUGAUAAAGACCUAUGAAUAGUUUGCUUGC